AUUCGCAGCAUCUACAGUUGAAAUUUGUGGUCCGCGCGUAAAUCCGCGUAAAUCCCUUGUUCUGCAUCUGGAAAGGAGCAAAGGACUGCCAUGCCACCGCUGAAAUAUAACGGAGUGGUUGACGUUUGGAAUUAAUAAUGUUGUACUCCGGAUAUUUAAUGUCCAGCGGAAACAACAUUUUAAGCGCAGCGUAUGAGUGCUGAAUUGUGGAAAAUCGUUAUGGAUGAAAAUGCUCUCCUUGUGUCCAAACUCUUCCUCGUGGGCAUCUUAACGACUACCGUGAUGACAAGUGGGUUGUCAGCCACCGAGGACGCAAACACAGGAGAGCGGGUGAGGGCCCAGGCGGACCGGUGCAACGACACCGCCCUGCUGGACGAGCUGGAGAAGUGCGCGGGUCAGUUCAGGGCCGACAUGGCGGUCAUCCACCCGCGGGACUGGUGCAACAUCACACACUUCAUCAGGGAGUACAACUACUUCUCGGCGUGCACGGAGAUCAGGGCGGUGCGCGCGGGCUGCUAUUGGCCGAACCCGCAGGUGGAGCGGUACAUCGUCGGGGUGCACGGACAGUUCUUCUCCAACUGCAGCCUGGAGAGCGUGGUGCUGGUGGACCCGCCCGACGACACGGUCACAGUGCUCAUCGCCGUGCCCGUGCUGCUCACGCUGGCCAUGAUCAGCCUGGUGGUGUGGCGUAGCAAGCGCAGCGACAUGCUGGCCUGAGGGUGUGUGUGA